UAAGGGAUAUGACUGCAGAGCCCAACUGCCUCCCUUUGACCGCCAGUCCUGCCAUUCACAUUUCCAUUGAUGUGUACUGGGCAAAGAACAGAGCUUGUUCUUGUGGUUUAUUUUUGUUUCAUGCAGAAGAGGACCCUGAGGAAAGGGCUUGAGGAAGAGAUGGCAGAAAUGAUGGCAGAAGCAGCAAUAGACUCAAAUGAGAACGUGUUGGAGGAAACGGAGGACCUGGGUCCUUUUGAGUCAGAUGACGGUGGUACCUUCCAACAGAUCAUGAACCUCCUGGACAUCAUUGACAGUGAGUCACCAAAGACGGACACAGCAGGGGCAUGUCUGGACAUGCGGAAGACCCUGGCCUCAGUGAUAAUCACGGAGAAGGCCACCACCGAGCCCUUAGUGGUGAUGAAUGCUCUCAUCCGCUGCCUGCAGGUGCCGGAGAUUUCCACCAAGCGCAAGGUCAACAUUUACAACAUCCUCCAGGAAAUCAUCCAGCAGGAGGGGGAGCUGGAGGAGCGGUGUGUCCAGAGGCUGGUGGCCAUCGCCUCCAAGGAGAUGAGGGAGACCCCAGAGAUGGAGGGCUAUGAGAAGGCGGAGGUGGCCAGUGACACCCUGGUGGCUCUGUCCCGAAAUCACUUCAGUUUGGUCAUGUAUGAGCUGCAGCACCACUUGAAGCCCCUCAACCUCACGGAUGAAUUUGUCCUUGUCACCUUGGCCAAGCUGGCCAACGGCAAUGUGUUUGAGUUCAUGCCGUACAUGGGCAUCACCCUGGCUACCAUAUUCACGAUGCUGAGGCUCGCCAACGAAGCCAAGAUACGCCAGGUGAUCUGCAGUGCCAUGGAGACCUUCUGUGAGAUGGUGCAGUUUUACCUGAGGCACUUGGAGGACAGCGUGUACCCUGUGAUGACAGAGGAGCAGUUUGCCCUGAAGCUGUUCCCGAUGUAUCGCUACUUCAUGACCGUGUGGCUGAGGCAGCACAACCCGGAGGUGAAGCUGGGGGUCAUCAAGUCCCUGAAGCCCAUGCUGAAGCUCCUUCUGCCCAACGACGACCUGCGGGAACAGGUCUACGACUACAUCCCCCUGCUGCUGGCGGAGUACCAGGGCGGCCUGGAGGCCCUCUUCAUCACACAGGUCUUGAGGCAGAUUCUGGAAAUGUCGGUCACCACCAACACCCCUGUGCCCCAAAUGCAGCUACAUACCAUUUUCACGGAGCUGCACGUGCAGGUGUGCACCAAGGUCCCGAGCCAGCAUCAGCACAGCAGCCAGAACCUGGCAGAGAUCGUGCGAUGCUUCAUAGCCCUCGCUCGCUCCUACCCCAGGGAGCUGAUGAAGUUCUUCUUUAGCCAGAUGGAGAUGAGUAAGGAGGCCAUCCGCGUGGGGACUCUGGCCCUGAUUAGGGCCGUGGUGAGUGCAGAUGAGCCCAGGAUGAACAUCAGGACCAUCUACAUGGCCGUCCGGGUGGUCAAGAACACCCUCUCUGACACCCGGUCCAAGGUGAGGAUAGCUAUUCUCCGCAUCAUUGGCCAGCUGGCUCUGUCUGGCUACCAGGAGAGGGUCAAAGGCUGGGGCCUGAAGUACGUGUCGGUGCAGCUGACCAUAUCCACCUACAAACUGACAAACCGCCGGGACAGCUUAUGUCAGAGGGACCUGGAGGAGAAGAUGGUCCACAAAGUCACCAUGGACACCGUGAAGAUCCUAACCUCUUCUGUCAGCGGGAUGACCAACGAGUUCUGGGUGAGGCUCCUGUGCUACAUCAUGGAAACAGACUACACAGACACCUUGACCCCCAUCUGUGUCAGCCUCACCAAUCUGGCAGAACGCCAGCUGCACAGCGACGACGCGGAGGCCACCAUGGCGGGCAAGAGCAGGCGUGUGGACCUACCUGUGCCGCAGAAGCUGCUGGCCCGUCUUCUGGUGCUGAUGUCAUCGCCCUACAAGGGGGAGGGCCGUGGGAUAGCCAUGCUCAACCUUCUGCGGACCCUGAGCCAGAGCAUCGCGCCCACCAUGGCCGACAUGUGGGAGCAGGAGAUCCCGCUGCUGGUCCAGUACCUGGAAGAGCACACCGAGUUCACCUGGAAUCAGAAGGCCUGGGAGGACAAGCUGAUUCAGUUUCUGAGACACUCCCUCAAGAAGACCCGGGGGUCCAGCUGGAGCCUGCACCUGGGCAAGGAGCUGAACAACCAGAUCUCGAGCUUCGACAGCCCCUCUCUGGAAAAGGGUUUUCUGUACCGGGCCUUGGGCUUCACCUUGGCUACAGGCCUGGAGGCCAGCAAGGUGGAGGUGCUGCUGCUGGAGCUGCUGUACAAGACGGACUACAGCAACGACUUCGACCGGGAGGGCGUGAUCCUGUGCUUCGGCCUGUGUGCCCGGGGCCAGGUGAAGACGGUGCUGAACGUGCUGCACGACUUCGAGGACCGGAUCCAGGAGUCGGAGCAGUCCUGGCAGAUUGGUGCUUGGCGGAAGGACCACCCCUGGAGGCGGGAGGCAGUGAAGAGCGCCCUCAUGGUGAUGUACAGCUGCGUGGCCUCCUACUGCCACCCCCAGCUGCUCCUCAGCCACGUGGACAGCCCCAUCACCGCUAAGAUCAUCCACCACUACUCCAGCAGCUGCCAGAACAUCUCCCUGAAAAUGGCCUUCAUGAAGAGCGUCGUGCAGGUUACCAACGCCUUCAACAACAUCAACGACCUGGAGGACUUCCAGUACGCCCAAAAGACGGCUCUUACUGGCAUCGUAACGGCGGUCAUCAGGGCAGAGCCGACUGACAACCUGUUUUCUCCCGUGCGGACCAUGGCGAUGGACGCCCUCUCGCACCUGAGCAAGCUGAAGCCUUUCUACUCCACAGAAGAAAGCAGUGAGCUGAUGGAUAUCAGUUUACAUUCUGUAAUUUCUCUCCAGCCCCCAAGAGAGGACAAUGAGUCCAUUACGACCCUGCACGUGGACGCCUGCAGUGCCCUGGAGCGACUGAUGGGGCACCUCCUGCAGAGGCAGCUGGACCCCAGGGGGCUGCAGGAGAUGGUGCACCUCCUGGAGAAGUGGAUCUUGUCGGAGAAAGAAUGGGAGAGGGAGAAGGCCAUGAAGCUCCAUCUCCAUCUCUUGAAGAUCUAUGCCCAAAGCACUGGAGUCUGUAUCCCCCUGAAGCUGGGGCAGUUUGGCACAAUGGUCGGACUCAUCGCCCCGUGCACCUGUGACACCCACCGAAGAACCCGUGUAGCCUCAACUAAUGUCCUGUCUGCCCUGCUAGAUCUUCACGCAAGCCAGACCUGCUCCCUGUGGAGCACUGCCAAGGAGAAGGAGCUUGAGAGAUGUAAGGAGGACCUCCGGGGCACGGACUUGGAGAAGAUUUUCUGUGCAUCCUUGAGUAUCGCCAAGGUGGUCUGCAUGGAGUUUAACUGCGACGAGGUGGUGUCGCUCAUCCAGAAGCUCUGUGAGAACAUCGGGGCCAUGGACCUGCAGCACGACAAGGCCUCCGUCACCUGGAUAGGCGCCUUCCUCCAGACGCGAGUCAAGGAUCUGGAGGACAAGGUGCCCGAGAUCCUGGGUGCCAUCCUGGUGCACCUGCCAGGGGUGGAUCAGCCGGAGGUGCGGCGCCUGCUCAUCGAGGGCAUCCUCCUGCUGGCGCACUACCACCAGGACAUCGUCCUCACGUCGCUCCUGAGGCAGCCCCUGCCCAUGGAGAGCCACCUGAUGGAGGUGUGGCUGGCCGUGGCCGAGAACGUGUCCUUUGCCUGGACCAUGCUCCACGGCCUGAUGAGCCGGCUGCAGUCGCGGUUCACCCCCAGGGUGAAUGCCACCUCCAAGGCUGACGUCUGGCGCCUGGCCUCGGUGGACCCUCUGAUGGCCUUGUGCACCACCCACCUUCUCAUCCAGAAGAUGGACCAGGAGGACACGCUCCUGGGCCUCCUCCCCGAGCUGCUCUACACCCUCCUGCUGCAGCUUGCCAGCAGCCACAGGCCGGAGGCCGCCUCGCCCGUCCUGAAGACGUGGAGGCUGGUCCACACAGGGCCCCUGCCUGAGGAGCUGAACCCGCAGAGGAUCACAAUCAAGUCCAUGCAGCUCUUGUGCAAGAGGAUCCGCAGUGAGCGGCUGGCGCACGCCCUGGAGGAGCAGGCCGUGUGGGCCCUCCUGGAGGACGGCGGGUCUUUCCUGGAGGGCGUGAGCCGGCUGGCCAGGCUGUGCAUGCGGCACGUGGAGGGCUACAGGCAGAGGCUGUCGGAGCUGGUGCUCAGGGGCAUGGACUCGCAGGUCCUGAGCUGCCGCGUCAGCAGCACGGCCAUCUGUCUCAUGAGCGACCCGAUCCUGCACCAGGAGAAGCUGCUGAAGCCGGCGGUGCUGGCGCUGGAGAAGGGCACAGAGCAGGACGAGGACGAGGCCCUGCGGGUGCUGUCCCUGCGAGCGCUUGGCAACAUGGCCCUGGGGGCCCCCAGGAAGGUGAAGCAGUACCGGAAGCUCCUGCUGGAGAAGUGUCUGAGCUCCCUGCGGGGGCCCGCGAGCACCAGCGUGACCGCCGAGGGCAUGGAGGCCCUGGCCAAGAUCCUGGCUGAGCUCCGAGAAGGGGACGUGGGGGCCUCUUUCGACAGCAUCUCUGAGCAGUGCAGGGUCUUCUUCGACAACGAAAGCGAGCUGCUGCGUUUAAAAGCCUUCAUCCUCUUUGGGAGGCUGGCAAAGAUGGUCCGGAUUUCCAAGAAGCAUUUCUUCAAAGGGGAAGUGAAGAAGGCCUGGGUCCCCCUCAUGCUGCACUGCCAGGACCCCUGCUCCAACACGGCCGGAGCCUGUAUGGCUACCAUGUUUCAGUGUGUACACUUCUGGGGCUGGAAGUCCCUGGAGAGCCCCUUGGGGCAAAGUGACGCCAGUGCUGAUGACAGGAUGGCCGUUUUCCAGACAACUAUGUGCUCCAUCUUGACUCAGAAAAAGCCUGCCGUUCUCUACAGCUUCUUGCUAGAAACAAUGGCCUACGUUAAAAAUAACUUGUCAAGGAUCAGAGUCGCUGCCUGCAACUUGGCAGGAAUUAUUAUGACGCAGAUGUCUACACAUUAUCUGAAAAAGUUGGACUUUCCGGCAUUACGGAAUUCUCUCCAGGAGCUACAGCUGGACACGGAUCCCGGGGUCCGGAGGGCAGCCCUGGAGACGCUCAAAGUCUUGGAUAGCUGUAGUCAGUACUGGCUUUUGGCUUUACCUGGAGGAAUGUCCUAGGUAGGCCAAAUGUAAGAUGCAAACUAUCUUCUCAGAGUGCCAAAUCCUACCAUAGUGAUGCAAACCCUCUUUAAUUUGUAAGGAAAAUACUAUUGUAAAAUAAUCAGUAUCCCUUUCUUUCCUUCCAUUGAAAUAAACCUCCGCUGCCAUU